AUGUCUGGACUUGCUGCGCUACAUUGUUCAACAUUUGCACAAGGCUUUAGCAAUAAUGAAUGCCAGGCUGCUGCCAGGGCAUUACUUAGGCAUGAUUCUCACAUUGAUGGCACGUAUUAUCAUACCAAGACAGUUGGUGGCCUCCAUCCCUCCUACAUAGCCUUUCAGUCCGAUGGUCAAGAGCUGGAGUCGGGGAGAGCGCUGUCUCACAAAGAACUCAUUGAAGCGAUGCUCCAAGACAUCUUUGACACAAUUGCUACACAGGACCGCCUCGAUGGUGGUAUAUCUCUAUUCAUUCAAUGUGUGGGCUCUGGAAUUGGAGGAGAUGUUGCUGUGCUUGUGCAAGCAUUCACUCAAGAGUUUGUGGUACUACAUCUCCAACAUUUUGCUAAGUGUUGUGCAGUUGAAAAUAUCAAACUGCCUCAGUCUUUCCCUGCCACUCAUAUCAGUACAGAUGGACCACAGCACCUCCCAGGGCCUCUCAUAGCUACUGGGGCUCGCAUUGUGUGCUCCACACAAGCACCAAGAACCUUUGAGAACAAUCUGAAAGCAUCAUCCGCCCCUGCUGCAGAUCUGAAGAAACCGGCAUCUGCAGCAAUUUCUGAGGGAAUCCAACUGGUGACAAGUCUUGCAAAAGACAUGUUGACUCCACAUUCGCAGUUACGCCGACACCGACCUGCUGAUGUCUUUGCUGCCGACAGAGUCCCUGGCCCGAUUUUUUUGGUUCAGCCAGAACUUGCUUGCGAUGCCAUAAAUUUUAGUCCUCCGCUCAUUAGUAUUGGUCCCAAUACCAAUGCUGUUCUUGAUCAGUUCAAACUGGGGGAUGCGCUCUUACCCAAACUUCGUGUACUUGUUGGAACUGUGCGAAGCAGUCGUUGGGAGUCGGUACUCAGGUCCCAGACGUGGGACCUGAACUAUGAGCAAGCCUCUAUCUUGGUGAAGGCCCUUCUCGCAGACUUUCAAGGUGUGCCAUUCAGCCCUGAAAUCGUGAAGCACAAAUCUUCUAUUCUCUCUGUCAUCUUGAAGUGGCUUGGCAUUCUAGUGCUUUUAUACAUGGUAUCUCCCAACAACAGCAAUGCUAGGCGCCGCAUCCAGCAACCUCGUGUCUGUCCAAAGGUCAUCAUGAGUAAGGAGGCCCAUGCUCUUCUGACGGCCAACCAACGCACGAAGUCUCGCCAGUUCAAAAUAGCCCUUGAUGAGGCUUGGUACCAGAUUGACAAGGCUACAAAAACUAUUGCUUCAGCUCACCAUAAAAGUAUUCACUGUGUACAGAAUGAACUGUACAUUGGCCAUGGGAUCCAGCACUCCAAGCGCUCCAAACUGAAUGCUUGGAAUGUGUUCUGUUGGAAAAAAAACCAGGACAUCAAAAAUUGUGACCAAGGCAGAGGUACACUUCAACAGCUCAUUCAUGAGCACAAGGAGAAGUACUAUGCCCUUUCAAAGGACGAGCAGGAAGAACUACUUAAAGAGUACGCCAAAUGGUCAUUGACAAAGGCUACAGGUGUGCGCACGUCCACGAAGUCAAAGGUCAACAAUAUCACUCAAACUCUGAGAGCUGUCGAAAAUGAGGAAUUCAUGCACUCUGUGAUGAAUAUCGACAAUCAAGAUCUAAUUAGCAAAAUGGAGGGCUUUGCUAUUCAGGGUGUGAAAGGUGCUGCACAAAAUCACCAACAGCGCAUGUCUCAAAAACAUGCAGCCAUCCACAACAUUAUCAACAAGAAUCUUUGUGAGAUCACUGGUGACCCUCGUGCCAACAUGCAAUGGGCAUACUAUUUCCAGAACAUUGUCCAAUGCUACCAAGUCAUGAUAGAGGGGUGGCCUGACAAUGUUCCAUUCGCCAACCUUAGCCAGGCAUCCAGUGCCCUCCCAGAGCUUGACAGGCUCUUGCGGCUGUGGAACUCAGGUGCAACAUGCUGGAAGACUUUAACAGGCAAGGAAUUUGAGAAAAUUCCCAAGGAGCACAAUGCUAAACUUGACUGUGGCGAGAUUGAGGAUCAUAGCCGACAGACACGAUCUGAUAAAGGUAAAAAACGAACGAAGUCUGCAGCUACUGAUUGUAACUUGCACGGCCGGCACAAGAAAUACAAGAGUGCAGACACUGUCAAAGACAGUAAGCAUGACCCCGAGGAAGGGGACAAUGAUGAGCAUGAGGCUCGCAGCCAGUCUUCCACACCACCUCCUUAUGCCACUUCCAAUGCCAGCUCCGCACCUUGUGUGUCUGGUAAUACUACUCACUCUAGCAAUAAUGUCAACACUCGCGAUCUCACACCCUUUGGUUCUUCCCUCGACUGCAAUGCUAUAUUGGAUAGGUCAGAUAAAAUCUUUGGCCCUGCGCAUCCAGACAGCAUGACAGCGCCAAUCCAUGCACCAUCAGCUACUAGUUUCAACCCCCCUACUCUACAUGACUUCACUGAUUUCAACGUGUUUGGUACUUUCUGA